AUGACGAUGAAGAGGAAAGCGGCCACGGAGCCGACGAUGGCGCCGAUCGUCGGCCCCACCGGCGCCGCCGACUGCGUCGCAUCGGCCUGCGCCGCCUGCGCCGCAGCCGUCGCGGUGCUGGGGAUCGGCUCCAUGAGCGCGCCGAAGGCGAAGGGGAUGGUGGUGGUCGUCGUCGGGGCCGCGCUCGAGGCCUCGGUCACUACGGCGGAGGCUGCGGCGGCGGAGGUGGUGGUGGCGUUUGAUGUGGGGGUUGGCACGGCGCUGGCGCCGGCGCCAGAAAGGACCAUGGUUAUGAGGGUGGUGAGGGGGCGCGUGCCAGGUGUUUGGCGCAGCCGGCGCGGCCUCGAGUCGUCAUCCUGUGCGAGUUUCGCAUUGCGCGCGGCGCGGCGGCAUGGCCAAGGCUAA